GCCGGGACAAAAUUGGAAUUGCAUACUCUUGCUUGACCUAUAAAAUACAAAUUCAAGAGAGAAAAGCCAGUUAUUGAACUCAACUCUUGCUUGAUCUUAGAAAUUUCUUGAAGAUUUUCUACUUCAAUAUGAGCCGCCAUCCAACUGUCAAAUGGGCCCAGAGGUCUGACGAAGUGUUCAUAACAGUUGAGUUGCCUGAUGCUCAGAAUGUGAAGCUCAAACUUGAGCCGGAGGGAAAAUUUUACUUCUCUGCAACUGCUGGUGCAGAGAAGAUUCCAUAUGAAGUCGACAUUGAUCUGUUCGACAAGAUUGAUGUAGAUAAUAGCGAAUACAGUGCUAGUUCGAGACAUAUCUGCUACCUGGUGAAAAAGGCUGAGAGCAAAUGGUGGGACAGAUUAUUGAAGCAGGGAGGGAAAUCUCCUUCCUUUCUGAAAGUUGAUUGGGAUAAAUGGAUUGAUGAAGAUGAAGAGAAUGAGCAAGAUGCCAAGCCUGUAUCUGAUAUGGACUUCGGUGACGUCGACUUUUCUAAGUUGAACAUGGGAGGGGGUGACAACGGCUUGGGUUUUGACACCGCAGGCGAUGACGAUGAAGAUGAGAGUGAUUCAGAAGAUGAGGAUUCAGAGGAAGCAUCUUCUGGCAUUGAGCUAGAUGCGAAAGACUCUGUAGACGGCAAUGUGAACGAAGCACCUGACACCAAAGCAUAAAUUUUUUAGAUAGCUCUGACUGUAACUUUCAGAAUACUUGUUCUAAAGAACCUGAAAGCCUGCUUAGGGGUUAGCUGGUUAUUCGGUGUCUGACAAGGUGGUCCUGACAUGUGAUUUUGCUACCUUUUCGGUGUUUGCCCCUGGAUUUUUGUAACACGAUUGACAUAUGAGAUGGCCUAGAGCAUGUUUCUGUUGGAGUCGAUUAUGCAUUGGUGAAGAUUAUUUUUGUGUGAUGGGAUUGACUAUUGUUCUCAAUUAGUUUGUGUUUUUAACAAAUGAGAUUAAAUGCAGUGGACAAUGGAUUGAAAUGCAUACUCAUGAGGUUGUUCUUGUGUCGAAUCAUAUAAAUCCCUAAACCUUUGAUCU